CACGUCUACCAUCGCCAUUUCUCAGGCUGGUAGAGGUGGUUCCAUCCGCCAGAGAAUAACCCAUCAAGACAGUGACAGUGAAACCUUCACAGGGUCAUUCUUACCUCCCCAACACGGACUCAUUGGGGAUUCUACCCAUUUCUUCUUCCUGUACUUAUUGAUGGGAUCGCAAUUUCUUUCAUUCUAUUGAGUACUGGGUUCAUACUAGAGACUCACUUUCUUUAGUUAUUCAUCCAUACGCAGCUGAUCUAUUUUUUCUCUCCUUCCAUAUUCACGCCUACCACUCCGGUUCAUCGUAAGGAUGACGGAACCUGAGGCUUUCGAAGACGAUCUCUUCGCUGAUCUCUACGCCGAUGACGCGCCGACUGAGCCCGCAAAGGUCCCUGAGAAGGCUGCAGCCCCGACAAACCCUACUCCUGCUCCAGUCGAAACGCGCGAGGAGCAACCUCCGCCCAUUGAUCAAAGUGGACAUGACGACUCCAACAUGGGCUAUGACGAAGAUGAAGAAGAGGAGGACGACGUAGACUUCAAUUUGGGAAACGGGACCUCCUCAGCUCCGAACAACAGCAAUUCAGAACGUCCUCUACAAACACAUGCAGCAGCCGCGGUCCCUCCCCAACCUGCGGCGGGACGGGGUCCAAACUCGAAGGAAGAUGGCAAAAUGUUUAUAGGAGGUCUCAAUUGGGAGACGACAGAUGAAUCACUUCGGGAUUACUUCUCUCAAUUUGGCGAAGUCAUUGAGUGCACCGUCAUGCGUGAUGGUACCACUGGCAGGUCAAGAGGUUUCGGCUUCUUAACAUUCAAAGAUCCCAAGACGGUCAAUAUUGUUAUGGUUAAAGAGCAUUAUCUGGAUGGCAAGAUUAUCGACCCGAAGCGUGCCAUCCCGCGAGAUGAACAGGAGAAGACCAGCAAGAUCUUUGUCGGAGGCGUCAGCCAGGAGACUACGGACCAAGAGUUCAAGGACUUCUUCGCCCAAUUCGGCCGUGUAGUUGACGCGACAUUGAUGAUGGACAAGGACACCGGGCGACCGCGUGGCUUUGGUUUUGUUACUUUUGAGUCGGAAGCCGGUGUCGAAGCGUGUUUGGCGCGGGACCUUGAGAUUCACGGAAAGCUGAUUGAAGUCAAGAAGGCUCAGCCCCGUGGCAACCUUCGCGAGGAGGAAGAGGCCAACAGGCGGAACGGUGGACCUGGCAACAAGUUUAGGAAGCAAGGCGAAGGCCAGGCCGACGCCAGCGGUGCUGGGAACCCGGCCGCCGGGGGCAUGACGCCGCAGAUGAUGGCCAACUACUGGCAGCGCAUGCAGCAGUACUUCCAGAUGAUGCAGCAGCAGAUGGCGAUGCAGCAACAGCGCAACAUGGGAUUCCAGAUGAACCCUCAGAUGAUGCAGAUGAUGCAGAUGCAGCAGAUGAUGGGCCGCGGCGGCCCGAAUGGGCAGAACCCUAUGGCUGCCAUGGCAGCUAUGAACCCCCAGAUGAUGCAGCAGAUGCAGCAGAUGAUGGGCCAGCAGGGUGGAGGACCCGGCGGCAUGCCUGGCGGUGGUCCCGGAGGCGACCAGUCUGGCGAGCAAGACGGCGAAGGGGAUGGGAACCGUGCACCGUUCAACGCGUACGACCAGCAGUCGUUCGAGGAGCAGAAGUACAACAACCAGCACCAACAGCAGAGACAUAUGCAGCAACAGCAGCAACGCGGUGGCUUCGGAGGUCCUCAGCAGCAGCACCCACAGCAGCAGAUGCAACAAGGCGGGUACAACAACCAGCCGUCCUAUGAGGGCAUGUACGACGAUGUGCCUCAGGCAAACAACUUCAACCAGGGUGGCCGUGGCGGCUUCAGACAACGGGGCGGGCACCACAACCACUUCAAUAACAACAAUAACAACAAUAAUGACCCCGCCAAUGCACCUCCUCCGAAUGCCCCUACUGGACCCAAGAAUGCUGGCAAGCCAGGCUCAAACUACCGCGGUGGUGGUCGGGGCAUGAGCAGAGGCUUCCAUCCAUAUGCCCGCGGCUAGAGGACGACUGAGAGGCAAACUGGCUGCCGGGUGGAUGUCUCCAUCUAGCCGGUAUAUAUGGCGAUGGUGGCUUGGCGAUUUGUGUGGACCUGAAGCCUCUUGGCCACUCUUAAAGGGUUGCUGUCGACAUCAAGAGCUGGUGUCUCAUCGGGUAACCGAUUGACCCAUAAUGAAAUGAUGCGUUCUUGUUUUGCUCUUUGCAAACAGGAUUGGUCAUUGCUUUUCUCCUAUCAUCUUCUCUUAUAUGAGGCUUGCUAUCCAUAGGCAGCACCAAGCUUUUGAACGAUGCGUUUCUCAUCGCGACGAUCUUCUGUUUUUUUUCUUGCCCUUUGUCUGGCAUGUCGAGGGGUAUCAAUGUUUCUGAUACAAUACUGCAUAUUUUCUUCAUCAUUGAUCGAACUGCCGAUAUUCGUUGCCUUAAUUUUGGCUUCCUUCCAUAAGCACAGCGCCCAUUCGUUAGCAGCCUACUCGAUACCGCAGAAGUUCAGAUUUGGUGGUGGGACGUUGAUGCGGAGGGUACUGCAAUUUUCAGGCCAGCGAAAAUUGGAAGUCAUAUUUUGUACUCUUGUUCAUUUCUUUAUCUUUUCCUACGAAGUUUUUGGUUGUUUUCCUCGGACGAGCGGCCAGCAAUUAUAAAUCGUGUGUUGGGGGGACGGAUGAAAAGAAAAAAAGGGCAAAGAGAGAUUGAAAUACCAGAUAGUAGGCACUACUAGCCUCGCGAUAACAAAGCAAUAUAUCUAAGUCGUCAAUUGCACUAUUGGAUGAACACAGAACCGGCUUUUGCUGAUUUGCCGUUGCGGAGGGCUACAAGUUGACGAUCUUUACAAGUAAAAGGUAACCGAAGCCGAGUCUCGUACCAGGCUUCGAUGACAUUUACAACAUUAUCUGUUAGUUGGUCCCUGUAAUGUCUUCACUUUAAUGCCAUCAGAUGCGGUCAGCUUACAUUAUGCAC